AUGUAUCCUUUUAAAAAUCUAUGCGAAAGUCCAAAAGUGCUCCUUUAUAGUUAUGAUCGAAAUAAAACUGUGUUUGAUAUCAUAUCACCGCCAAAUCCAAAAGACUUUUCUAAUCCGGAUGGAUACUCCUUUACCGUCGUUACAGCUGCAAAUUUUAAUCAUUGGUGUCAAUUAAAAACUUGGAUAAGUCAUCUUAACACUAUUAAAUUACUUUUACCAAAAUAUAUAAAACCAAGAAUAAUAAUUUAUGAUUUGGGUCUAAAACGAGAACAGAAAAUUUAUAUUAAUGCAUUAAAAUCAGUCAAAUACUUCACCAAACUUCGUACUUUUAACUUCUCAAAAUACCCAGAAUUUUGGGAUCCUAAAAAUAAAACUUCAAAGGGUGAAUAUGGUUGGAAAGCUGGAAUUCUCAAAGAAAUUUCUAUGGAAUUCCCUGGAAUUCUGACGUGGGCUGAUACUGGAACUAUUCUUGGUCAAAGGAUCUUAGAAAACCUUCCUAAAAUUCUCAAAUUAUAUGAUGGCUUUCUUUCUCCAAGAAGUUCAGGCACCAUGGAUCAAUGGAUUCAUCCUGGCGUUUUCAAGUAUUUUAAUGAUGAUGCCAGUAAAUAUGUAAACCUUUCUAAUUGUAAUGCUGCUGCCCUGUUUUUUGAUACUAGGAAAACACAAUAUUUAAUAGACAAGUUAUACGAAUGUGCUCUUGAAAAAAAAUGUAUAGCUCCAAUGGGAAGUAGUAGGAUAAACCAUAGACAAGAUCAAGCUAUAUUGUCUUAUCUUGUUGUAAAUGACUACAGGAAAUGUGAGAUAAAAGUAUCCGAUUUAGAUAUAUUUACUCAUGGUAUAGAUAAACUUUGUGGGAAUGAUAAAAUGAUUGCAAAAUAUGUGGAGUCGAAUCGUCAUGAAAAAUGA